UGCUUUUAUACUUACAUAAAAACUAGCUUAAUGUAGAAGUGCGGGAAAAGUGACAGAUUUUCCCGCUUACGAUUAUACGUAUGAACGAUUUACACUUUUGUGUGUAAUAAAUAUUGAUUUCAUGCAGUUUCAGAAUGAAUUUAGUGCAUUCUAUUGUGGAACGUGAGAAAGGAUUUGCAUCAAUACGCGAUUAUGACGUUGCUUUAUAUCGUUUGAAAUGUUAUGAAAACGAUGUAUAUAGAGGUAUAACACCAAAUACAAAUGCAUUGGAUUUUAAUCCAGAACCACCAGUUUUUGCAUGUCGGUUUUGUACUACAAAAGGAUACGAACAAAUAAUUGCUUUAGCAAAUGAAGAUGGCAAAGUUGCAUUACAAGAUACAAACAUCAAAUGUAUAUCCAAUCAGCCAUUGGAAGGAACACAGGCACAUCGUAAUGCAAUAUUUGAUGUUGCUUGGAUGCCAGGAGAAUUAAAAUUAGUUACAGCAUCUGGAGAUCAUACUGCCAGACUUUGGGAUGUAUCUGGUUCUGAAAUAAAACAAAUUAAUUGUUUUCAUGCUCAUACAAGAAGUGUUAAGACUGCAGUAUUUCGUUAUCAGGAUCAAGCUGUCUUUGCAACUGGAGCUAGAGAUGGUUCUAUUAUGGUAUGGGAUAUUAGAGCUAAUCAUUAUGAACGUCCUAAACCAGAUAAUUGUAUUGCGAAUGCACAUAAUGUUGGAACUAUAAGUAACGCACGACAGCGUAGAACAAUCAGUCAUGCAUCCAGAGCACAAAGUAUUACUGGGUUGGUAUUUCAGGAUGAUUUCACUUUAAUUUCAUGUGCUGCUGGAGAUGGUUUAAUAAAAGUUUGGGAUUUGCGUAAAAACUAUACUGUUCACAAAAAAGAUCCUUUAGCUAAACAUGCAAUGAAUUAUACUGGGCAUAGUACAAAAAAUGGAUUUUCAUCAUUGUUAAUAUGUCCUGCUAGAAUUACAUUAUAUGCUAGUUGUAUGGAUAAUAUCAUAUAUGCGUAUAAUAUAUCAUCUUACAGUUCUAAACCAAUUGCAGAAUUUUAUGGACAUCAAAAUCGUACAUACUAUGUUAAAACUUGUUUAAGUCCGGACGGGCGUUAUCUUGCUAGUGGUUCCAGUGAUGAACUUGCAUAUAUUUGGCAUACAAACAAACCAGGAGCUCCAAUUGUGCAACUCUCAGGACAUACAGAAGAAGUUACUUGCAUCGCUUGGUGCAGUGUUCGAGAAACAAAAAUAGUAACAUGCUCUGACGAUUCAUGCCAUCGAAUAUGGAGAGUUGGCUAUGAACAUAAACUAGAUAAUGAAGAGAUACAAAUACGUGGUCGUGCAGAAGCUAUUUUUAAUAGAAAUCCUUUGGAUAAUUUAAAACUCGAAACUACACCAACUACGCGACGUUGGAUUACACUUCAAGAGCAUACACCAGGAUCUGAUAUCACGCCUAAUACUACACCUGGACCAAGUUCAUUGGAUGUUUACAAUCAAAUGGAAGAUAAUCAAGAUCAGUGUAAUGUUAGUACUUCAAUGAAGAAAAGUUAUUUUCAAAUGAUGAAUGGAUCCUGGUCUGAUGGAAAAUUUAAGUCAGUUUUAUCUCCAAUACAAGAGAAUCUCACAUUAGAUCGUGUUGCAAAACGUAUUCAUUUAGAAAAUCGCGGUGCACGAAGAUUGUUUAGUCCGUGUAAUAAUAACAACUUGUCAUUGAACAGAGGCUAUGAAUCUGAUGAGCCAAGCACAAGUUCAUCUAGUAGAGAAAAUAAAAAUAACGAAAUUCAUUUUUCACCUACAUUAAAUCUUCCAAAUUUUGUGAUUGAUGGUACAGCACCACAUUUACUUCAGUUAUCUCCAGAAAAGUACAAAGAAAAUGUUGAUUGGUUAACGAGAAUACGAAGAGAAAAAUAUGAAAAAGUAAGGAAAGCAAUGUCAGAAAAGUCGGCUAGUCCUAUUUCUUGUACAAUGUCUGCUAAAAGAAAUACUAGGUCACGUUCAACAGAACCGCAGAGAGUAUCUAAAAUGCCGAGAAAUUCACCUCUUUCCUUAUUAAAUUUCUUUAAAGUUACUGGAAAGGACUGUGAAACAAAUAUAUGUUACGAUGAUACUAAUGUAAUAUCUUCUGCAAAAUCUUAAAAACAUCAUGAUUUUUCGUAAUUGUUAUAUUGUAUUUUAUCUGUGUUAAAUUCCGUAUGAAACUUUUAUUAAAAAUGUUUUUUAACAAAAAAUUACAUUCAAAAUAUUAAUCAAUGAAUGUGAUAUAAACAUCAGCGCGCUUUCUAUUGUUUAUGAUGUGGUACCUUACAAAAAUACCUUACAAAAAUAAGUAGAAUUUAAAUAACAUAUAAGAUAAGAAUGACAUAACAUACAAGUAUUACAAAAUAUGUAACAAUAGAUUAUAGUCACAAGUGUCAU